AGCAAAGAAGAAAACAUAAAAAUUUUUCCCACACCCUUGGACCCCUGCUAAGCUGUUGAGUGUCACUUCUCUACGGAUAACCUCAAAAGGUAAAAUUUGAGUUUUUAUAAAAUUUUUUGAUACCUCUCCUAGUUAGGUUGGCUCUACCACUGUUAUUAUAACUGUGAAACAGAAACUAACGUUCUUUACCGAUCCCCAUCUUCAAGUUACGUCGACCUCAGUUCUUCUCAACAAGUACUGCCACAUUCGAACCAUAACAACAAUUUCCUUCCUUCCACCACAAGCAAGAACGAUCAGAAUGAAGAUGUUAACCCAGCAGUCUUUCGGUCCUGCGACGUCGUCGACGUCGCAUUACCCGCAACAAUUUGGAGAGGAUCCACAACAACAACCAGUACUUCUAGAACUACAGCAUGAUCAACUACAAAACGCAGACGCCUUCCACCUCAUUCAAGCUCUCACGUUAGAACUACAGAAAGAGACGGCACGCGCAGAGAAAAGUGCGGCAAGACAUCAAGAGUUACUCCUGCAACUAGAACAAGCACAAGAAGACCUCACAAAUCUUAGGGCGCAACAAGAACUCAAAUUUUUGCAGGCGAAAGCGGCGUUGCAAGUCAUCCCUACGGGGUUGACACCCUCGAGUGGUCACUCGGGAAGGCUGGCUGAGAUGGGAGAAGGUGUGUUGAAUGGUGUUAUGAAGAAUAAUCAGUUUUUUAGACUAAGUUUUUACAACCUAAGGUCUUGAUAGUCGUUCUUUGACAUCAAUUUUUCAAGACGUCAACAAUCACUCUCUAAUAUUGGAGAGGAAGACGAACUACAAUCACUCUCUAAUGUUCCCUCCACCGCAACCGGCGGUGCAGCAAUGUUGGGGAUGAGCACGCGAAGAGGUGGCGGCAAGGGCAAAGAGAAGAAGGAGAGCAAUUGCGACGUCAUCCUGGAAGAAGAUGAACGCGAAUAAUGUUAAGGGUAGGUUAAAGGUGCUUUUCUUACCGCUUUUUAUGCCUCUCCUAAGAGAGAAAGGCAUAACAAGCGGGGUAAGCGAGCACCAAAAACCUACCUCUAAUAAUGUUGUGAUUUGAUUUUUUGACUUUCAGAAGUUUACAUCUUGUGCAUAGUAUCGACGAAAUGAAGCUUACUGCGACGUCUCAUCGUAGACCCUUGUUGAAGAUUCUACCCACGAUUUGAAUUUUGUUCUUUCGCCUUCAUCUCAAUGGAGGAAGAUUUUGCGAAGUUGAUCUCAGUCAGGUGAAUUUCAUCUACAAACAAGACAGACUGCUUUGCGCAGGAGCCGACUGCCGGAUAAGGGCUGGCCCUAUUGUUACACGUCAG